CCAAGGUGUCUGGCACGGUGUGAAGCCUUCUGACUUGUUUGUCCACCACAUCCCACAGAUGCCAGAUCAGAUCAGAGACCAGGGAACUUUGGCGCUUAGGUCAACACCUUAAACUCUUUUUCAUGUUAAUCAAAUCAUUCCUAAUUUCCUAAUGGGCAGUUUAGGGUAGCAGAAUGUGUCAAAGUAACAUCUGCAUGAACCCAAAGUUUCCUGGCGGGACACACUCCAGAGCAUUACACUGGCUCACCUUCUAUCCAAAAUACCAUCGUGGUAUCGUGUCUUUCCCAGCUGAUUGUGAGGUAAUUGGUGAGGAGAUUGAAGAUUUCCAUGCUCAGGGGGAGGCUAUGAAAAUCACUUUCCCGACUCUGGAAGCUAACAUUUGGUACAGGAACCUGCCUGUAGACAACACCACCAUGUUCCAGCUGGUGCACAACAAGCAUUAUUACCUGAGAAGCCAGGGUCACAGGGUCAUACAAAAGGGGCGGGACCUCUGGCUCCUUCCUUCUAUGCCAUCAGACUCGGGGACAUACACCUACGUGUUCAGAAGCGACACGUUUUGCUUAACUGGGAGCUUCACUGUGACCAUCUAUGAAAAAGGAAAAGAAGACAUGGAGAUGAUGUCACAUCCUGUUUCUACAAAGCCAGACAAGGACCUGACAAUCGAAUGUCCACACAUAAAUCAUUUCAACAGGCUGGAAAGUCCACACUGGUUCAAGGGUUUUCACAUGGGUCUCCCAUUAACAAAUGGGACUCGUUAUGAAAUUCUGUCUGGAGACAGUCUUACUAUCAGAAAUGUUUCAGCAGAGGACGAGGGCCUGUACACCUGCUGGCUGACGGUCAUGUUCAACAAUGUGCUAUAUAACGUUAGCAGGACCUGGAAACUUCAAGUGUUAUCUCCAGUCACCAGCGUUCCAGAGUCACACACAAUCCCCACCACCGAAUCACCAGAAGUUACUUGGACAUCUCCUUACAUAACUAUUACCAGUCCUGUUAAUGGCUCAGUGGUUAAAAGUCAUCUCGGCUCCAGUUUGGUAAUUAAGUGUUCUGCAUUUGUGGAAAACCAAUCAGACGACAUCACUGAGGUCACCUGGGUGGUGGACGGUCGAAAGGUGGACAGUUCUUAUCUGAGUGGACGAACAUAUCAAGAAACAAAGAGGAUGUCAGCUGGCCAUUUGGAGGCACUACUGAUCUUCCUGGAAGUGCAUGAGGAAGACACGAGGGCUGAGCUCAAAUGUGUCGCUCAAAACUUGUCAGGGAAACAGGAAGUUGUUGUGCAAAUUAAACUGGAAGACACCAUGUUGGCGUGGUUCAUAGUGGCUCCUGUGGCUUCCUGCUUCUUCAUGCUUGUGAUUUGUGUGUUCCUGCAUCUGCUAUGUCGUAAACAACGCAAACACAACGACUACAUCCUGGCUCGACACAACAGCACCUUAUAAAUGUCUUUCCAACAUACAUAAGUCCAAACUUUAUCACGGUUAAACUACUUUUUGUAGCAGAGUAUAAAUAAUGACUAUGCAUAUGCCACUCAUACAUAUACAGUAGUCUUUAAAAAAUCUUUCCUACAGCCUCUGUUUGUUGAUGAAUUUGCUUUAUUCUUCUCUCACUCAGCCCUGCGUCAGUAUUCCCAGCCUGCAUUAUUAUUAUGACACUAUUCUCAUUAAACCAGUAACUGAAACAGGAUUACAUGAUGACUGGAAUGUAUUGUUGGUACUGGACAUUAUAUGUGUAAGUAAUGCUGUUGUAGUAAUUAUGACUCAUUUGUAUAGGAUAAGUGAUCUAUGUAUUGUGAUCCUUCACAACAAAAGUUUCAUGAACAUUAUAUUUUUUUAAACAAACUGAUUACUUUGCCCUUUAGCUGAAUUAACAAUUUUAAAUGGAGUCACUCCAUAAGAGCCUUUUUGACAAUGACAUUGUGGAAACCUACAGAAAAAUCUUAUAUUACUGCUAAUUAAAAAAGCAUUUGCCAACAAAACAAUCAGAAGUUCAUGAGUCUAUUGGUUCAUAGUAGUGGUAAAAUGUACACAAACAUUUUCCCAUCUCUGCUGUAUAUACUGUUUUAGCUUCAAUUCUCAAUAUACAAAUGGAGGGAUAUUAUUCAUCUAUUAAUCUUAUUUACUAAGAGACAAAUGUUUUUUGUGCUUUUGUGUGUGACUCCAAAGAGUGUUCAUGUGGUGCAUAAAAAAAUAGAAUAAUACAUAGAGAUAUUAAUCAAUUCCAUCUUUUCUGGGCCAAAGCUCAUUUAAAAUAGGCUGAGAAAUAUGACAAGUAGACCCUGGACUGUUAAGCAGGUAGAAUCCUGUAUCAGGAUUUUGUUGUGAAGGAUUACAAUACAUUACAACAUACAUUUUCACAAAUGAAACAAAAUUCCUCUUCCAGGACUCUAGCAACUGGUCUCUUCAUUUUCUAGACAUAUACAGACUGUUUUUAAAAGAAGAGGGGAUACUACACAGUGGUAAACAUGGUUCUCAUCCAACUUUUUUGAGACAUGAGGCCCACAAAUUCAAAUUUACCUUUUGUUUCACUUGAAAUCUUACAUUUCCUAGGCUCCCCUUGAUAUGUUUUCUAUGUUCUAAUAUAAAUAAAAUACGGGUUUAUGAGAAUUGUA